CAAGGUGAGACCUGAAAAGAGAUCUUGAUCCUGUGGCAGUGGAAAGACUCAAGAAUGCCAGUCAAGAAGAAAGAUACUGACCGAGCUUUAAUAUUACUGGAAGAAUACUGCAAAAAAUUGAGGAAACCAGAGGAGCAGCUGUUGAAAACUGCUGUUACAAAGGUGAUGGGUAUCUUUAAGAGCAGCUUAUUUCAAGCUUUGCUAGAUAUUCAAGAAUUUUAUGAGGUGACAUUGCUUAAUUCUCAAAAAAGUUGUGAGCAGAAGAUAGAAGAAGCCAAUCAAGUUGCACAGAAAUGGGAGAAGACAUCUCUUCUUGCUACAGGCCAGGAUAGCCUUCAAAAAUGUGCAGAGCUUACAGGUUGCAGUGGACCAAAUGAAAACGCUUCAUGUAUUGAGCAAAAUGAAGAAAACCAAUGUUUUGAAAAUGAAACUGAUGAAAAGACAAGUAAGUAUCGAUAUCAAGAUGAGGACGCUCCACAUGAUCAUUCCUUACCUCGACUAACCCAUGAAGUAAGAGGCCCAGAACUCGUGCAUGUAUCAGAAAAGAACCUGUCUCAAAUAGAAAAUGUCCACGGAUACGUCUUACAGUCUCACAUUUCUCCUCUGAAGGCCAGUCCUGCUCCUAUAAUUGUCAACACAGAUACCUUGGACACAAUUCCUUAUGUCAAUGGGACAGAAAUUGAAUAUGAAUUUGAAGAAAUUACACUGGAGAGGGGGAAUUCUGGCCUGGGAUUCAGUAUUGCUGGAGGGACAGAUAAUCCCCACAUUGGAGAUGAUCCUGGCAUAUUUAUUACGAAGAUUAUACCAGGAGGUGCUGCAGCAGAGGAUGGCAGACUCAGGGUCAAUGAUUGUAUCUUGCGGGUGAAUGAAGUCGAUGUGUCCGAAGUUUCCCACAGUAAAGCAGUGGAAGCCCUCAAAGAAGCAGGGUCUAUCGUUCGGCUCUAUGUACGCAGAAGACGACCUAUUUUGGAGACUGUUGUGGAAAUCAAACUGUUCAAAGGCCCUAAAGGUUUAGGCUUCAGUAUUGCAGGAGGUGUGGGAAACCAACACAUUCCUGGAGACAACAGCAUUUAUGUAACUAAAAUUAUAGAUGGAGGAGCUGCACAAAAGGAUGGAAGGUUGCAAGUAGGAGACAGACUACUAAUGGUAAACAACUACAGUUUAGAAGAAGUAACACAUGAAGAGGCAGUAGCAAUAUUGAAGAACACAUCAGAUGUAGUUUAUCUAAAAGUUGGCAAACCCACCACCAUUUAUAUGACUGAUCCUUAUGGUCCACCUGAUAUUACUCAUUCUUAUUCUCCACCAAUGGAAAACCAUCUACUCUCUGGCAACAAUGGCACUUUAGAAUACAAAACCUCCCUGCCGCCCAUCUCUCCAGGAAGGUACUCACCAAUUCCAAAGCACAUGCUUGUUGAAGACGACUACACAAGGCCUCCGGAACCAGUUUACAGCACUGUGAACAAACUGUGUGAUAAGCCUGCUUCUCCCAGGCACUAUUCCCCUGUUGAGUGUGACAAAAGCUUCCUUCUCUCAAGUCCCUACCCCCACUACCACCUAGGCCUGCUCCCUGACUCUGAGAUGACCAGUCAUUCCCAACAUAGCACUGCAACCCGUCAGCCUUCAGUGACUCUCCAACGGGCCAUCUCCCUGGAAGGGGAGCCCCGCAAGGUGGUCCUGCACAAAGGCUCCACUGGCCUGGGCUUCAACAUUGUGGGCGGGGAAGAUGGAGAAGGUAUUUUUGUAUCCUUCAUUCUGGCCGGUGGACCAGCAGACCUGAGUGGGGAGCUCCAGAGAGGAGACCAGAUCCUGUCGGUGAAUGGCAUUGACCUCCGUGGUGCAUCCCAUGAACAGGCAGCUGCUGCACUAAAGGGAGCUGGACAGACGGUGACAAUUAUAGCACAAUAUCAACCUGAAGAUUACGCUCGAUUUGAGGCCAAAAUCCAUGACCUACGAGAGCAGAUGAUGAACCACAGCAUGAGCUCCGGGUCCGGGUCCCUGAGAACCAAUCAGAAACGCUCCCUCUAUGUCAGAGCCAUGUUUGACUAUGACAAGAGCAAGGACAGUGGGCUGCCAAGUCAAGGACUUAGUUUUAAAUAUGGAGAUAUUCUCCAUGUUAUCAACGCCUCUGAUGAUGAGUGGUGGCAAGCCAGGAGAGUCACGCUGGAAGGGGACAGUGAGGAGAUGGGGGUCAUCCCCAGCAAGCGGAGGGUGGAAAGAAAGGAACGUGCCCGAUUGAAGACAGUGAAGUUUAAUGCCAAACCUGGAGUGAUUGAUUCAAAAGGGGACAUCCCCGGAUUAGGUGACGACGGUUAUGGGACAAAGACUCUGAGAGGGCAAGAAGACCUCAUUCUUUCCUACGAGCCUGUCACAAGACAGGAAAUAAACUAUACCCGACCAGUGAUUAUCCUGGGCCCAAUGAAGGAUCGGAUCAAUGAUGACUUGAUAUCUGAAUUCCCUGAUAAAUUUGGCUCCUGUGUGCCUCAUACUACAAGGCCAAAGCGUGACUACGAAGUGGAUGGCAGAGACUAUCACUUUGUCAUUUCCAGAGAACAAAUGGAAAAAGAUAUCCAAGAGCACAAGUUUAUAGAAGCUGGCCAGUACAAUGACAAUUUAUAUGGAACCAGUGUACAGUCUGUGAGAUUUGUAGCAGAAAGAGGCAAACACUGUAUACUUGACGUAUCGGGAAAUGCUAUCAAACGGUUACAAGUUGCCCAGCUCUAUCCCAUUGCCAUCUUCAUUAAGCCCAAGUCUCUGGAACCUCUGAUGGAGAUGAAUAAGCGUCUAACAGAGGAGCAAGCCAAGAAAACCUACGAUCGGGCGAUUAAGCUAGAACAAGAAUUUGGAGAAUAUUUUACAGCUAUUGUCCAAGGAGACACCUUAGAAGAUAUAUAUAACCAGUGCAAGCUUGUUAUUGAAGAGCAGUCUGGGCCUUUCAUCUGGAUUCCCUCCAAGGAAAAGUUAUAAAUUAGCUACUGCGCCUCUGACAACGACAGAAGAGCAUUUAGAAAAACAAAAUAUAUAUAAUAUACUACUCGGAGGCUUUUAUGUUUUUGUUGCAUUUAUGUUUUUGCAGUCAAUGUGAAUUCUUAUGAAUGUACAACACAAACUGUAUGAAGCCAUGAAGGAAACGGAGGGGCCAAAGGGUGGGACAGAAGAGACAUUGCAGUAUGCAGGAAGGCUUUGGUUUGCUCAAAGUACCAGGUGUAGGGAUGAACCUCUGGUGGGCUUUCUGCCCGAGAGAUGGGAGCCUCCUCACCCCAGCAGAUGUCCAGAGCUGAUUUAGCUGCUGAGCUCUCUGUGUUUUUUGCUUUAAAGAAAAUUUGCCAGCACUCGAACCUCACCAACCUUCCCAUUACCCACAUCUGUAAUUGGUACACUUCGAAUUUUAUAACUAUGCACAUCCUUUGAUUUCUUAACAAGCAAA